AUGUCUGGGGCUGCAUCCACCAACCCUGCCCUCAGCUUCGGCCCCACGGGCCCCUCGUCGAUGGCCUCGUCGACCUUCCAGUCUCCCGACCCUUCCUCGAGCUCCGCAGCAGGCUACAACGCCGUUGGCAGCUUUCCUGCUGGAUUCGGACGCGUUAAGGCCGACCCUUCGAGCUACAGCUACGACGAGCAGGCUCCUCGAUCGCAGCAGCACGGAAACUACACCCAUCACGACCUCGGAGGCGCGGGUACCUUGGCACAAACACAGGCUCUUGGAGGAUUCAACCCAUCCACCAACCAGCACUACGCCGAUCCCAUCCGCUCAGCAGCUGCCGGUCCGGCCAACUAUGUCCCAGGUCACACGCGCCACCAAUCGCUCAACUCGGGCGUGAGCCAGCUUGGUCUUGGAGGCGGAAGCAGCGCAUAUUCGUUUGGCGACGUCAAUGCCAGCCAGUACAACAACUACAACCUCGUCCCCGCGCAAAGGUCGCCAUCGGGUCGCUCGUCGGGUCUCCCCGCCGAGACUUCGCCGACGCGCACUCGCUUGCCAUCGGUGGGCUACAGCGACCCGCGCACCAUCAACCGCCCUCCUUCUCGCACUGUCGGUCUCGGCGUGUCGGUGACACCAGGCGCCAGCAGCGACGAGUCGGCCAAGGUCGAGACCGGCUCGCCCCGAUCGCUCAAGCGAUCGGCGGAUCCGUUGGAAGACCUCCGCAGCUCCUCGGACCACGCCCAGCUUCGACGCCCUGCGUCAUUCCCCGUGCUGGGUGCGGGCGGCAGCGGCAUGUACGGCCGUCCGAUCGGCCAGGAUGCUCGCAACGCUCAGUCCAUCGGCCGCAGGACGGGACGAGGCGGUAUGGGCGUGCCCGGGCAGCUUACACCUGGUCGCUCCAAUGCCAUGCUUCCCGGCCUCGGCGGUGGAUUCUAUGACUCGGAUGCCCGUCGCGAAUCUCUGGGAUCCAACACCACAAUGCAAUCUCCCGGCGCCUACCACGGCGGCUCCGGCUCGUCGGAUGAGCUCGGACUCGGUGGCGGUGGCAUCCCGCAGCUUAUGCGCGCCACGCAGAUCCUAGGCUCCAUCCCACCUGCGCCUGCUAUGGCUUCGCACGAUCCCAUGUACAGCCCUCCGGGCGGUGCGGGCGGCGGCGCUCCCCGUGCCAGGCUCGAGCUGCACGGCAAUCUCAACGACAUGGCCGUGGGCUGGUCGCACGACGAGUGGAGGAGCGGGCGUCGUCUGGUGCAGUUCUGGAGGCGACAGGAAGGCACCACGAUCCACGCCACCUUCCGACCUAUUCUGCCGUCGCAGUACGUGCCCAACAGCAUCGUCAUCUCGUGCAUCUUUCGCGAGGACAAGAACGAGUGCUUUGUCACUUCGGUCGACACGAUCUACCUGCUCGAGGCGCUGGUGGCGAGUCGCUUCACCGUCGAGGAGAAGAACCGCAUCCGCCGCAACCUCGAGGGCUUCCGUCCCAUCACGGUGAGCAAGAACAAGCGCGAAUGCGAGCGCUUCUUCAAGCUCAUUAUGAGCUUUCCCAACCCGAAGCCGCGCAACAUUGAGAAGGACGUCAAGGUGUUCCCGUGGAAGGUGCUUGCCUCGGCCCUGUGCAAGAUCAUUGGCAAGUACAGCGCAUCUUACGAAGGCGGUCCGCCGGUGCUGUCCGACCUGGGCCCGGAUGCAUCGUUCGGCGGAGCGAUGGGUGGCUCUCUGUCGUCGGUCGAUCUCUCGGGCGGCCACUACCGAGAUGUCAGCUACCCAAGCUCGUCGCCCUCGAUCAAGGACACGCGUCUGCCCGGGGCGUUUGACUACGAUCGUCAGGGAGGCGCUGCGGGCGCCUAUGCAGUCUCGAAUCCAGGCGCACAUCAUUCGGCGGGAUAUGGUGGCAACGCGUGGAACAUGGGCAGCCAAGACAUGGCGUUCAACGCUCCCGGUGCGGCGACGGGUUAUGCGCAGGGCCCAGGCGUUCCCUUCUCCACGGGUGGCGGCGGAUCCCACAGCCACACUCACAGCGCCAGCAGCUACGACAGCUUUGGCGGAGGCAAUCUGGUGCAGAAUCCCGCCGCGUCGGAUGCCGGCAACAUGUACGCGCAACAGCCGCAGGAGGCAUACUCGGCUACCGCUCCUCCGCCCCAUAGCCAGGCACCGAGCUCGAGCACGCUCGCGGCUGCCACGGGCGACUACUACGCGGACAACAGGUGA